AGGAGAUAAUGAAGAACGCUAAGAGUUUCCCCUUUUGGAUCGGUUUAUUUAAUAACCCAUGGAAAUGGUCUGAUGGUGAGAAUUCAACAUUUCAAAACUGGAGAGAUGAUCAGCCAGAUAAUUGGCAUCGAUUGGAAAAGUGUGUGGCACUUUCACAGUCAAAUUGGAAUGAUGAUCAAUGUAGUUCCCAGAACUACUUUUUGUGCUACAAUAAGUCCUGCACUCCACUCUCCUGCACCAGCACGUUCAACUUUGUGUCAUAUUUAUUGUCCUGGGAUGAUGCUCAGAAGUACUGCAGAGAAAACUACACAGACUUGGUGACUAUUGAGAACCAAACAAUGAAUGACCAACUGCUAAUAAAGACAGCAGCGCGAUACUCUUGGAUUGGACUUCGCCAUGAAAAGGACAACUGGCACUGGUCUAAUGGAGAGCCUCUGGCCUACACAAACUGGAAACGGGAGUUUUUCUGUGCUGUGCUUCAGUCAGAUGGCUCUUGGAAUGACAAAGUGUGUGGUGAAGAAAAUCCUUUCAUGUGCUUUAAAGAAACCAGUAACAUCAGUGAGAGGUUCUCAUGGAUAAAUCUCAAAAUGACAUGGAACAAAGCCCAGCAGUACUGUCGUGUGAAUUACAAAGACCUGGUCAGUAUCAGAAAUGAAAGCGAAAAUAUGGAAAUAAUGAAGAAAGCAAAAAGCAGUCCCUUCUGGAUCGGUCUGUUCAAUGACCCAUGGAAGUGGUCUGAUGGUGGACAGUUGAUAUUUAAAAAAUGGAGCAAUCAGGAGCCAAAUAAUUGGAGUCUUAAUGAAGAAUGUAUGGAGAUUUGGCCAAAUGGAACUUGGAAUGAUGCUGAUUGCAGUUUGCAGAAACCAUUUAUUUGCUCACAAAGUUUGGUGGAUAAGAGGAUAAAGAUGAGAGUCCGUAUAGAUGUACAGAGUGGUCUAAAUCCUGAGGAUCCAAAAAUCAGUGAUGCCAUCCUGAAUCAGGUCUGGAGCCCUGCGUCUGACCCAGCAAUGUGUAUAAAGAUUUAAACUCCUAUUUUACGUAGGCUGGCCU